GUACGUCUACCUUAGCAAGUGCCGGCCGAGCCAAGCCGCCGGGAACAGGAAGAAGGCUUUCUCGAUGGAUGCUCGUGGUACGCCCCAGCUCGGUGCAGCUGGAGGCGCACUAUGCGACAUGGGCUACGAGGCACAGAGUCAGAGCUGCUAUGUCGGCCCUAUGUCUCCUCCAGGCCUCCUGUUCCAAGGGCUGGAGUUGGGCACGCCGGCCCUGGGGCCGGAACUGCUGGCAGGGUCCGAGGACGCCAUGUUCAUGCUUCCCAGCGCGGCAGUACCACUUCUUCCUCCUGCAAUUGAUCCUGCGAUUGGUCUACCAGGGGUGACGCUGCCACCAGCAUGGCCUGCCGCUGGCAUGCUGUUAGGGACUGAGCCCCCGCCUGGCCUCGGCUUAGAGCUACAAGGACUUUGCAAAGACCUGGUGGAUCCAGAGGCUGAACUUCUGAGCAGUGCCACAUUUUACUGUGGAAUGGAUGUUUUGGGGCUGGACCUUUGCAAGCUGCUGGAUCAAUCUCGAGCUGCGGACUUCUGCCAGGACAGAUUUGGAGGGGAGCAAGUACUGCCCGAGAUCUUCCCCAAGCUGUUCCUAGCCAUCAACCUGCUCCUAGCCAUCCACCUGCUCUUAGCCUUCCACCUGCAUCUUUUCCACCUGCACCUUUGCCACCUCUUCCCCUUCUACUUCAUCAAGUUCUUCAAGUUCGUCGUCAACAACCACAUCUUCGUCGUUUUCAUCAUCUUCGAAGCCAGUUCAUCUUGUAUCCCUUCCAUCCCGUCCACAACCAACAUGGCGGCUUGGUGGAACCAGUAUGACUACAACGACAAGAAGGGUGAGCAACAGUCCUGGUCCUACGAAGAACCAGCAGCAACCACCAAGAGCCACCCUUGGUCAAAUACUGGUUUCAACUACAAAGGCGAUUACAAGAAGUCUUCUUGGAAUGAUUGGCACCCCGAAGAUUCUGAGGAUGAAUUAAGAAGCCCCCAGGGCAAGAACAAACAGGAGCUUCAUCUUCCAGCAGACUUUUGCUCAGAUGAUAAAUGUCUUGAUAGUCGCGAGUUGUUUGGGAGGAAGUUUUAUGGGAAGGUUCAGCUUACGAAUUGGUCCCAAAAGCAUGGUCUUGCUGGUAGAGAUAUCAGUGACUUGAAGCUUCAUGAGCUAGCCUAUGGAGGUUGGAAUAAUUUCUACCUCAGGCAUCUUUCCACUGGGGCCUUUACGACGAUUGUUUUCUGUCGUAAGAUUAAUGAGUCAAUGUUGGCUUCAGCACUUUUGGCUGCAAUUCGGGAGUCUAAAAGACGAUGGGACAUUGACAGCUUAGCUCGGGAGUGCGGAAAGCGUCAUCCCGAAUUUAUUCCUUCUUCCGCGGCAUCUUCGAAAGCUGAAGAACCGAGUAAAGAAAUUCAUACUCUGGUCAACUUUCUUAUUGCACAGUCGGAGCCUUUUUCCAAUGAGGAUAAGGAUCAUCAGAUUCGUAUGCUUGAAGUUAGGUUGGCCGAGAAAGGUAAAACUACGCCCCCUUUGCUUCCUUCGGGUAAUUUGCCUGUUGCAGAUUCGGCCAACAUGGCGCAGCCUUCCAAGCGCCGUAGGAUUGCUGUGAAGAGCGAUCUUACCAAGCAUUUGUUCGACAUGAAUAUUGGUGUUCAUGAUCGUCCCCUUGCUACAUCUGCUCCUUCUAGCCACAGUGCUGCAACUGUAAAGGAGUGGUGGACUGGUUUGAAGGUCAAGAAUAUGGAAGGGCUACAGAAUGUUCAGGCCCGUGCCGAUUCCAUUUUGGCAUCCCUUAGCGAGGAACAGAAGACCCAAUUGAAGGUGGCAGGCUGGGAGGGGGUCUUUGAAGGGGAGGGUCACGCUCGCGUGUCCUUGCUGAGGUUCUCGCUGAUCGGCCUUUGUCUCUUUGUGCCGCUCAUGCUCGAGAUCACCAGGCGGCGCCCACCAGGGCAACCACUCGUGCUGUGUGGCAUUAUCUUCGACUGCUGCCCGCCAAAGAACUCGGCAGAGCAGCUUGUCACAUCUCCGGCAAGCAAAUCUCCAUCAGCAAGAUGA